AUGGGAACGUCAAUAUCUACUGCAAAUGGUUUCAAACAUUUUAAUCAAAAACUGUAUUCAACCAUUAAUCAAACUCAAGCUGGUGACAACAUAUUCCUUUCGCCAUCAAGUAUUGCUUUAGCUAUGUCAAUGUGUACUAUUGGUGCUCGACAUGAAACAUUAAAUCAAAUGCUAAAUACACUUGGAUUCACAUCGAAAGAAGAAUUAAUUAAAUCAUCUGAACAAAUUCUUCGUAUCUUCAAUUUAGUUGAUGAAGAUCGGCAAAUUCAACUGAAAUUAGCCAAUCGUCUUUAUGCUCAGAAAGACUAUGAAAUUCAAGAAGAAUUUUUACAAAUUAUUCAGAAAUCUUUUUCAGCCGAUAUGAAACUUGAAGAUUUUACGAACAAAAAUGAGCAAAUUGUUCAAACAAUCAAUGCUUGGGUUGAAGAUCAAACAAAUCAAUUAAUAAAAAAUCUCCUCUCACCAAGUGAUAUUCAAGCAGAAAUACGAUUAAUUCUCAUCAAUUGUAUUUAUUUCAAAGGUAUAUGGGUCAAACAAUUCAAUGAACGUGAAACUAAUCAUAAUGCCAAGUUUCAUGAAAUUAAUGGUACGAUUUCAAAAAUUAGUUUAAUGUAUCAAUAUGGGAAAUUCGCUUAUAAAGAAAAUAAAUCUUUACGUAUUCAAAUUGUUCAUAUUCCGUAUAAAAGUAACAACCAACAUGUUCAAUUUGUUUUCACAAUAGUUUUACCAAAUGAAAGUGUUUUAUUAUCAGAAAUUGAAGAAAAGUUUUCAUCGAAAGAAAAUUUUUUAGAAGAUAUGCUUGAUCAACGAAAUACAACAUCACAAGAAUUAUUGUUGUACAUACCAAAAUUUAAAAUGGAAUUUUCAUGUGAAUUAAAAAAUGUUCUAGAACAACUUGGAAUGAGAAAUGCAUUUGAUGAAAAUAAAGCAGAUUUUAAUGAUAUUGUUAAGGAACAAGAUGAUCAAUUUCGUUUAUUUAUUAGUAAAGUUGUUCAUAAAGCAUUCAUUGAUGUUAAUGAACAAGGAACCGAAGCGGCUGCAGCUACAGCUGUCUUAGCAGUGACAAAAGGAAUUGGACGACGCAAACCACAGCCAAUUUUGUUUCGAGCUGAUCGUCCAUUUUUGUUCUAUAUUCGAGAAGUUCGACAAAAUCUUACAUUAUUUACCGGCAAAUUUCUUACCGGUGCUAAUUGA